CCGGUAACUAAAACCAGGAAAAGGUGAAAGUUCUUUCCAACCAAUACCAUCCUGCCAGUAUCCAAACCAGUCAGCCUCCCAUCUGAGAACCUGCCUUCCGUGGUGCAGCGUGGUGCCUCGGCGCCCACACCAGCCUGAUGUCUCUACCCAGCCUGAUGUCUGUACCCAGCCUGAUGAACUGAUCCAGCCUGAUGAUCCUAUCACGCCUGAUGACCCAGUGCCCGCUGUCAUACCUGGUGACCCAAUGCCCGCUGUCGAGCCAGACGAUCCAAUGCCUGAUGACCCAGUGCCUGCUGUCAUGCCUGGUGACCCGAUGCCCGCUGUCGAGCCAGACGAUCCAAUGCCUGAUGACCCAGUGC